AUGGGGCAGGUGCUUAGGGGAGCCGCGGGGAAGGUGCGGGCCUCCAAAGUUCAGCAGCAGGGUCAGCACCUCAAGAAUACCGGGCGGCGGCCCCCAGGCCCCCCCGCUGAGGCGCCUUACGCUCCGAAGGCUGGUCAGAACGGUCUCGGCGGUGUCCUUGGCACCGGUGAGUCCCUUUCAUCCGUGCCCCCUCUCCCCCCAUCGAGAUCCUUCAUCUUGUAGUCGGUGAAUGUCGCAUUUCUCUGGUGUGGCCCUUAUCGGUUCGAGGGCUACAGUAGGUUGAUCCUCUUCCUCUCGGGAGGUUUGCAGAAGCGGGAUUUGCAAACAAAACUUUCAUUGGUUCCUCAUGGUUUGAUUCAGGUAUACUGGAUCAUUGAUUGUUUUUAUGGAAUUGAUCGGGGAUAAGAGAUCAACUGGUGGAAGAACAUGUUAGGCGCCGGCCGCCCUCUCUCGACAGUUGCUUUUGCCCAGUAUUUGAAUUAUAGUUUGGAGGAACUUCGAUCGUGUGAUUUCAAAAUUUUCCAAGUAUAUCAAGGAAUCGGCCAGGGUUUUGCUUCUUUUUGCGUUUCACUCAGGAUGCCCAUUUCUUUUCAUAUGAUCGUUGAACCGUGGCCACCAAUAGAAAAUGGAUACUUUGAGAAAAAAAACAUGAAUAUGGAAUUAAUCAACUAAAACCAGACGCAUUGGAUGGAAUCCAGGAGCAUUCCUGGGUUCAAGGUUACGCUAUGUGACCUCUUUUUCUUAACGCGUCAAGGUUUUGUCUACUUCCCUGAGACAAAUACGGUCAUGUGACCUGGAAGACGACACUUUUGUUGGGUCGGAAGAAAAUUUCUAUUUCUAAUGAGAUCUGGAGGUGAGAAUCUAUAUCAGCAUCUUAUAGAUUCUUGAUAUUCAGUUAGCAGCUUCAAAGACUGCCAAGAUCUGAGGCAACUUAAAGUAGGUUAUUGAUGUCAACGUAAUGCCGCAUGGCAACUGUUUCAAAAUUUACAAAUGGUCAAUAAAAAAAUGAUUUUUCCGAUCAAUUAAAGAAAUAUUAGUCCGACUUAUUUGGUAGUCCUAUCACACGGUCCUCAAUAGUUUUAUCAGGAAUCGGAUUUUAUAGAUAUUUAUUCCAGUGGAUUAGACAUAGAGGGAAAGCAAUGAUUUAAUCACUUGAACACGUUGUUGUAGCAGAAAAAUUUAGGACACUCGUGGAGCUUGGUUAUUGUGAAUCGAAUCCUUUUUCAGAGCAAAAGUUUUCUAAUCGUCCUUGGAAUUGAUUUAUUAUCCUAUACUUUUUAUGAUAUAUAAGUAGCCAGAUUUAUAGUAUUUUUUUUCAUUUUAGGAGCACAGAGCCGACGGAUUCAGUGAAUGUUCACGUUCCAUCUUUUCUCUUCCGUUUCUUUGCUGCUACUAGCUAGAAUGUGCAACUAGUCAGCCCUUUCGUUGAAUGCGCAGGAGACAUUUUCCCAUGAAAUUGGGAUUGGUAUUUCCCUUUUUAUCAAAAUUCUUACAUGAGUAUACUGAAAAUGGUUAUCCAUUGAAUGCGCAACUAUUCUAGCACAACUAUUAAUUCCUUUUCGUUGAAUGUGCAAGAGAUAUUUUAUGCCAAAUCGGCUUUGGUAUAAGAUAUGAUCAUACUAUCUAUAGACGUGUGUUGUGAAAGAGGCUAUGGAACGCCCGUGGUAUAAUAAGAAUGUGCAUAAAUUUUUGGCGGAGAAUUUUUCUGUUAAUUGAGAAUCAUAAUUUAGGUGAUUCCUGCAGAUUAUAACUGCGACUUAAUAUUUUUAUCUUUUCUCAACUCUUAUUUUGGGAUCAAAGUUUGAUUUACGGAAAAAAAUCUCAAAAAUUAUGAUUAUUCUAAAUAUUCCAUUCGAGUGCAAGAAAGAAAUAUUUUGGAACAUAAUUUUUGGAAAAUAUGGAAGCGGAUGUGGGGAUGAGGUGGGAAUAAAGCUGGACAACGAAAUCUGUGUGAUAUGUCUGGGAGCCCAUUCCAAAUUUUUUUUGAGUUAGACAAGUAUGCGUGCACUCAUCAUUUAUUGGAUGUACAAGCUAGAAUAUUUUACGUGGUGAAUGCAGGGUUUCUCUUCUUCUGUGAUUCUUUUCUUCAUUUUUCUACUAUUUUCAGUUUUUCUGAUAUAAGCAGUCAGCAGGCACAUCAAUCAGCAGCGUUCACGUGGUGCGUGUGUGUGUGUGUGAGAGAGAGAGAGAGAGAGAGAGAGAGAGAGAGAGAAUCAUCUUACUCUCCCAUGGACCGUGCUAUAUGCAUGCGAGUUUUGUUACUUAUAGAAUAGAGUUAGAUUAUGACUUUGUCAAUGCCUUCAUUUUUUCUUGUCCAGAUGAUUCAUCUGGGGACAAAACUAUUCCCGGCGUCCUGGAGGAACGAGAUCCUACAUAUGAUGCCAUGCUUGGUAAAAUGGUAGGAAGAAUCACAACAAAGCCGGGAGGGAAACUCGAAAUGGGUGAGGUGAGUCUAAAAGCUUCCGACUAUGUUAUUUCUUUAUUCAAUGCUCAUAUCUCUCAGUAUCAAAGAUCUUGAAAAUGAUACUUAUUUUGAUGAAAAAAUUGAAAGCUGUCUGUUGCAAAUAAACUCUUCUUGAUCUAGUUCAGUUGCUUGGCCUAGGAAUUGACUUGCUCUUGCUAUUUGGGAAUGAAACAGAUAAAACAUGCUGAUUCCUGCUGGUUCUUGUCCGGUUUCUGUCUAGGCUUCUUCACAGUUCUAAGAAAUAUACCGUCUCCCUGGGCUGUCUCUUGAUUCCGUGCUUGUGGAUGCACCGAUGCUGACUUUUUUUUUUCCUGUUUCGGAACAGAGCAUAUAUUUAUGAUAUAUUUUACUAUAAUAACUCUUUUCCUUUGAACAAACAUGUGAGGAAAUUUUCCAUUAAUGGGCAUUGAAGUUUCUUAACUUAGAUUGCUCUGAUGGAGAAUUGACCUCCUAGGUUAAUGCUGCAGCUUUCAAAAUUUUCCAUUCAUUCCAAAUCCAAUGGGAGGGCUGUCUGAUAACUCUGUAUGCAACGGGAUGCAGUAUCAAUUACUUGGGGACAUCUAUCAGCCAUCCAAGUGCUUCUCUUGCGGGACUGCCUCUUCUCUUUCAUUUUUUUGGAUUGAUGAUUCCAUCAUGUGAUUUGACCUUUUCUGGGUAGAGUAGCCAAAGUACGAGACAUGUUUUGGGAGAUUUUUUUGGGAAGAACACUUCUAUAACCUCGCAAAUUAUCCCCUCUCUGUUGACAUUUAGAGAGAUGAAGCUGCUCGUUUAGUCUGUGUUUUGAAUCUACUCAGCAUACCAGUGGAUCAUGCUUUACCAGGCUGUGUCUGGGGCAGAUGAAUCCAAGUAUAAUUAGUAUCUUCAUCAAGCUUGAGCUGUCUAGAUUUAAUUCUCAAUCUUUGGUUUUUAAUCAUGAUCUAUUUAUAAGCUUAUAUUUAAUUCCAUAUCGGGCUCCUUGUGCAGGCAUUCAUCGUGGAGAAGUACAACAGACCGAUGCCAAAACUGCGAAGCUCAAAGGCGGCGGCGGCGGCAGCGGCGGGCGGCAGCGAGGAGAAGCCCCUGCCUUCCGGAACUCUUGAAGCUGCCCAGCUGCGACAGAUCAUCCUCUUGCACGAGGGCAAAUCCGAGGACCACCGAGGGCCGAUGAGCAUCGAAGCCAUUGCAGAGAAGUUCAGAAUAGAUGUGGCGACGGUGCAGAACAUCCUGCGGUUCGUCUCGCUGCCUCCAGAGGACGGCGCCAAGAAGUCAGAGCCGACAUCCUGA